UUUAGUUAGUACAUGUGUGUUCCCUAGUGCGUCCACACCUCCCUCACACCAGCACUCUAUUUGGUGCUUCUUCCACACUUCUAUGUACUUGGAUAAGUGGUUGUAAGCGACUUGAGAUUAAGGACAGCACUACAACAGACAAAAUGCGUGGGUUUCUCGUCUACUUCCUUGCCUUGGUAGUUCUUGUGUCCCUGAGUGAAGGUCUCGAGUGCUACACUUGCGUCAGUAAUAUGAACGACUUGACAUGCGUGAACAACCCAUCUGAUGUGGUGAAUGGCUCGCCCAUCACCAACUGUAAACAAGGCGACAAUAUGUGUUGUACCAUCCUUCGGCAGGAGUACCUAGAGGAAAAAGGUAAGGUAAUAUCCUUCUCCCGCUCUUGCCAGAAGGAUUGCCCUAAAAAUGGCUUCCAUAAGCUGCCAGACUCCACUUUCAUGAUCUACCAGACUUACUGUGACACUCCUAAGUGCAACAAAGGACCAGGGAACAAACCCCUUAACGAUGGCGGCGGAGGUGGCGAUGACGAUGGCCACGUGAUUCAUAACAUCCCUGGUAACAGCUGCCCGGCCUCAGCCACAAUCAACUCUGGUCUCCUCUUGACAGCCGCCGCUCAUGCCAUCUUCCCCAGGAACUAAGGGGUUGUUGUCACAUCUGCUUUCUCACGAACAAAGGCCCUGAUGUAAGUCAUUGACCUGUGGCCUGGUGGACUAAUCCCGUAAAA